CAGUGGCUCACCGAUCAAUGGAAAGAGCUGAAGAUGGUACAUGUACACUGAUCAUCAGGGCACUGAUGAUCAGUGUGUCCUAAUGAUCACUGUAGCCCCAGCAGUGCCACCUGUCAGUGUCCAUCAAUGCCAGCUGUCAGUGCUCAUCAGUGCCUUAUCAAUGCCACAUAUCAGUGCCUACCAGUGCGAAUCAAUGCCACAUAUCAGUACCCAUCUGAGCUUCCUUUCAGUGUCACCUAUCAGUGCCAUCAGUGCCACCUAUCAGUGCUGCCUAUCAGUGCCACCCAGUGCUGCCUAUCAGUGCACAUCAGUGCUGCCUAUCAGUGCCCGUCAGUGCUGCCUAUCAGUGCCACCUAACAGUGAUACCUAACAGUGCCAGUCAGU